GGCGGCGUCGUAAAUGCUUGGUUGGCUUGCUGGGCUUUACUGUGGGUUGUCGAGGUGCGAAGGUACGACGCGUUUACCCCCUCCCUGCUUGCAAGCGUUUCGCUCCCGCUCAUUUGUCCGUUUUUUAGCUCAAGACCUGCGCGUGGUUAAACCGUGGCAGCAGCUGCCGCCCAGCCUUAUGCUGCGCAUGAUGCUCAUGAAACAGACCAUGUUAAAUCCUAUGGCUCCCACCGCCUUACCGUUUCUACACUUGGCCAAGUGCCAGAAACCGAAACCAAUGGAAGUUCAGUCCGAAAACGACGGUGGUUAUGUGUGCCACGACUGUGGCAGGGUUUACAAGCUUAAGAGCUCGCUGCGCAAUCAUCAAAAGUGGGAAUGCGGCAAGGAGCCCCAGUUCAAAUGCCAGUUUUGCUCCUAUCGGGCCAAGCAGAAAAUGCAUAUGGUACGGCACAUGGAGAGAAUGCACAAGGAUAUGGAUUUGGCGGUCGUUAAGAAAGAGAACGGCGAAGAUCUCGCAGACUACGGCGGUUUGGACGGAGGCGGCGCCGAGUAGGCUGCGCCCAAUAUGUUCUACCUCAGGGAUAUGACGGACGGAUAUACUAUCAUCGACUCGUCCACCGUUAGUGCCUUCGUAUACUCAACGGUUGUGUGAUAAAUAUUUUCUCUGCGCUUUGAAACAGAAAUCCCAACAACAACGUUUAUUCGCAUAGGUGUGGGGUUGUUGUAGCAAUUUAAAAUAUCCUAUAAUACUCGUAAUGUGAUGAGCUCCUUUGAUAGCGACGAUCUACGUGGUUCCUAGUAUGGGGAGUUGCAAAUUCGAACUCCCAAACAUUCCUAUUUUUUUAUACCAUACUCGUUCCCAGUAAUAAUGUAAUUAUCAUCGGAUGGUUGCGGUGGUUUUCAAUAAAAUAUAUCCGAAAUCCGUUCGUUUUUUCUAUCGCCCAAAAGCGGAACAUCGCUCCUUUGCUGAACUGUCCGUAUUUUUAGAUUUUCCCGCGACUUGCAAAAAUGGGGGUAACGUGUACAAGAACGCGAGGUGCUGCGACUAGGAGAAGAACCAUAAGUGCCUGUUUUGUCCGUUGACCUUUUAGCGGCGACAUAAUCUCGAAACGCACUCGUGCAGGCUCCGUUUCGCGAACGCGAUUGUCCUGUACGGCGAAUCUAAAAUAACCUAAAAAUGUCGGUUCGACACGG